UUUAUUGUAUAUUUGUUGUCCAAAUUAUGUUCGGUUUCAUUGUGCAUAAGUAUAUUUUAUGUAGUUAAAGAUGUAGAUAUAUUACACAUUUUAAGGCUUAUUGUAGUUUAUAAAAUAAUUUCUCACAUAGUACUCUAUCUCCUAAAGUGUGGUCCAUGUUAAUAUAAAAACUUUACAAUAAGAUGUCUAUCAUCAACGGAAGAAUUUUCACAAUGUCUAGCUAGAUAGUAUAUUAACAACAUAGUUUUCGAUAGAGGAGUAAAACUCUCAAAAAUGUCAGCUGCGAAUGAAUUUGAAAGAAAGUACGUUCAUGAAUUUUAUGAUUGGAAAGCACUUUCAACUCGCCGAAGCUCUGCAAAAUGGAGAAAAGUGGAAGAAUUCUUACUCAAUUUUGAAGUCGGGGCUUGUAUAGCCGAUAUAGGAUGCGGUCAUGGUCAAUACAUACAAAAUGGCUCAAACUUCAUGGUUGGUUUGGAAAGAAGCAUUAAGACUUGCGACAUGUUAACCACAUCAAAUCAGCAAAUUCAAUUAGGAGACGUUGCAAAUCUUCCGUAUCGCUCAAAUUUAUUUGAUGGUGUUAUAUGUGUCGCCGUCAUUCAUCACCUAGCAACAAAGCGAAGAAGAAAGAGUGCAAUUGUUGAAAUUUGUAGAGUUUUAAGAAAAGGAGGAAAGGCGUUUAUAACUGUAUGGGCAAUGGAGCAAAAACACAGCAAGUAUGGCGGAAAAGAUGUUUUGGUACCAAUAAAAACACGAAAGGAAAGAAAUAAAGAAGGUAGACAAAACCAGCAACACAAAAUAUCGCCAGAAAAAUUGGAUCAUUUAACAAAUAUCGAACGAAUUUAUUCAUAUAUUACAAAAGAAACAUAUCGAAUUAAAACAAAAGUUUGUUGUGAAGUUCAGAAUUACUUAACAGAAGAUUCUGCUCCUGAACCAAAAGCGAAAAAUGACGUCAGUUUAAAACAUUUGGGAGCAUGUGAUGAAGUUGAUAUAAAAACGCAGAGCAUUUGUGGAGAGGAAAACUUAGGAAGAGAUAAAGCGAAUAUUUCCUUAGAUAAAGAUUUCGAAGAUAAUUUUUUUAAGUAUUAUCAUGUUUUUACCGAUAGUGAAUUAUUAAAGCUUAUAGCAGAAGUAAAAAAUGUAAAAUUGAUAGAGCAUUUUUUUGAUAAUAGAAACUGGGUAUUCAUUGUAGAAAAAUUGUGAAAGAAGAUCAACUAUACAGGUCA